UUCCGGGUCUUUAUUCCGACCCGUUUCCGACCAAGAUGAUUUCCGGGUCUCACCAAACCCGUACCGAUUGCCUUCCCAACUCAAGAGACGCUAAUAGCCAACUGUAAACAAAUGGUUGAAAAAUUAAAAAUCGUGGAAAAACAAACAAUACAUUUCUCUGUGCUUUCUCGAAUUUUCUCUCACUAGAUUUUCUCCCUCUACCACCGAAACAUCAAAUUCAACAUUCUUCCUGCAAUCUAGGGUUCCCCAUCUCACUCCUCACGUACACAUACAUAGAUUGUGUUGAUGCACUUUUUCUGAUUCAUCACAUUCACUGAUCGUUGGAUUGAGUUUUCAGGGAUAAACCAUGACGAUUCCAGAUUCGUCGGGGUAUUGUUAUAUGAUGGAGAACGGAUCGAUAGAAUUGCCAUGCAAGCCGGAGGAAGAGAAGAGGAUUGUUCAGGAGUUGACCGCCAAAGCUGAGGCUAAUUUGCGCGAGGGAAAUUUGUAUUACGUCAUCUCGAGCAGGUGGUUCAUAACCUGGCAAAGAUAUACUGGGAAGAUAGAGGGUGAUUAUCCAUUUGAUGGCCAUUCUAUUGAAUCUCAAUUUACGAUGCCAUCUGUUAUAGAAGAUAAACCUGGACCUAUUGAUAACAAUGAUAUAGUUGCAAACGGAAUGGAUAAUGAAGAUGAUCUGCAGGUUCUAAGAACUUUGGAAGAAGAGAAAGAUUAUGCAUUAGUUCCACAAGAAGUUUGGGAUAAGCUCUUGAAGUGGUAUAAAGGAGGGCCGGCAUUGCCUCGAAAGAUGAUUUCUGUUGGGGAUCAACAGAAGCAAUUCAUUGUGGAGGUCUUCCCUCUGUCUCUCAGGUUAAUUGACUCUGGAGACCAGAGUGAAGUAAUUAUAAGACUAAGUAAAAAGGCUUCUUUACAUGACCUCUACGAAAAGAUUUGUCAACUCAAAGGUCUAGAUCCGGAAAAGACACGCAUAUGGGACUACUUCAAUAAGCAGAAGCAUACAAUAUUAAAUUCUUCGAGUCAAACCCUAGAGGAGUCUAAUUUGCAGAUGGAUCAAGAUAUUCUCGUUGAGGUGUCAACUGAUGGAUUUGGCAAGGAUUAUACUGGAAAUGGCUUACAAUUGGUUCCAAUUGAGCCUUCAAGAUCGACCUUUUCAAUUGCUGGUGGCCCAAAUAUGUCCAAUGGUUAUUCAACUAGUAAUAGCUCCAACCUAUACCAGGAAAGUUCUUUAACUUCCACAUAUGCGGAUAUGGAGGACGGGUAUGAUGGUAUGAAGCCUGUAACAGGAGGAGAUAGGAGAGGUCUGGCAGGAUUACAAAAUCUGGGUAACACUUGCUUCAUGAACAGUGCUCUUCAGUGUUUAGUUCAUACGCCUCACCUUGCGCACUACUUCUUGCAAGACUACAGUGAUGAAAUCAACACACAGAAUUCUUUAGGAAUGCAUGGUGAGCUUGCGCUUUCAUUUGGUGAGUUACUGAGGAAACUUUGGUCAUCUGGUCGAACUUCAGUGGCACCUCGUGCAUUUAAGGGGAAACUUGCUCGUUUUGCUCCCCAGUUCAGUGGGUAUAACCAGCACGAUUCACAGGAGCUCCUUGCCUUUUUACUUGAUGGGCUGCAUGAAGAUUUGAAUCGCGUUAAGCAGAAACCAUAUAUGGAGAUAAAUGAUUCUGAUGGUCAGCCUGAUGAGGAAGUUGCAGAUGGGUUUUGGAGAUAUCACAAGGCGCGAAAUGAUUCCAUAAUUAUAGAUAUUUGCCAGGGUCAAUACAAAUCGACUCUGGUUUGCCCAGUUUGCGACAAGAUAUCUAUAACAUUUGAUCCGUUCAUGUACCUGUCGUUGCCUCUUCCUUCAACAGCUACUCGAUCAAUGACAGUAACAGUGUUUUAUGGUGAUGGAAGUAGCCUUCCUAUGCCAUUCACAGUUACUGUUCUAAAGCAAGGAUGCUGCAAAGAUCUUAACCAGGCUUUGGCUAAUGCGUGCUGCUUAAGUAAUGAUGAAUACUUGCUCCUUGCCGAGGUCUACGAGCAUCGGAUAUAUCAGUACCUGGAAAAUCCAUCAGAGCCUCUGGCUACAAUUAAAGAUGAUGAAUGCAUAGUUGCCUACAGACUCCCCAAGAGGGACACAGUAUUAACGAGAAUAGAGAUAUGCCAUCGGUACCUGGACACUGAGAGGAAGCUUUUCUUGACGCCUUUAGUGACUGUCAUGGAAGAUCCACAAUCUGGAGCUGAUAUCGAUCUUGCUGUCAGCAAAGUGCUUGCUCCUCUAAGAAGGAAAGUGUUUUCCACUUCGAAAACAAUUGACAGCAGCACAGAAACCGACUCACCUAUGACUUCAACAGAAGAUCAAAUGAACAUCGACAGCACCCAAUUGGGAACUACAGUCCAAUCAGAAGAGGAAACAGAAGCAGCAGGAAUGUCGAGCAGGGACUUGUCUUUUCGGCUCUGUAUCACUGAUGACAAGGGUUAUGCCUGCAGGCCUAUAGACAAGGACUCGCCCAUAAGACCUGGUCGAUUAUUAAAAUUCAUGAUGGAAUGGACUGAACAAGAGCAUGAAUUAUACGAUUCUAGCUAUUUAAAGGAUCUCCCCGAGGUUAAAAGAUCUGGAUUUCUUUCGAAAAAGACCAAACAAGAGUCAAUCUCUCUGUUUUCGUGCUUGGAUGCAUUUCUCAAAGAGGAGCCUCUAGGACCCGAUGACAUGUGGUAUUGCCCUCGGUGCAAGGAACAUAGGCAGGCGAGUAAAAAAUUGGAUCUGUGGAGGCUGCCAGAUGUACUCGUCUUCCACUUGAAAAGAUUCUCCUACAGCAGAUGGCUGAAAAACAAACUGGACACAUAUGUAGAUUUUCCCGUCGAAAAUCUCGAUAUAAGCAAAUAUGUGAAGAGUAAGGACGCAUCCGAAGGGUCACAUGUGUACGAGCUUUAUGCCAUCAGUAAUCACUAUGGUGGCCUUGGUGGUGGCCACUAUUCGGCUUACUGCAAGUUAAUUGAUGACAAUAAAUGGUAUCAUUUUGACGAUUCUCAUGUUUCGCCUGUGAGUGAGUCGGAAAUCAAGACAUCUGCAGCUUAUGUGCUGUUCUAUAGACGGGUUAAACGUAAUAUAAAUGGAACAGCAGGCGAGCAAUCAGAACAAUUAGUACAUCAUUAGUUCUUGAAAUGGAGUUUUGUUUUGGUGAAAAAGCAACAUAGAUCGGGAGCUACGCUAAAAAUUACUUGUGCCAAGGAAGAAGAUCUGUGAUAUAAUUUUUUGAAGGCUAUAACUUCUUUUAGGUAAGUGUUCCUUUUUAUAUGUAAUUGUUGGCUUACUUUUUGGUACAAGGAUAUAAGAUGUGUAAUAUGUUGACCUUUUGUUUUUGAGGAAUAAAACGUCUAUGAGUGAUA